CAAAACUUGUUCAAAAUGCCUCCGAAAGCAGCAGUAGCAGCAGCGAAAGUAGUGAAGAAACCCGGUAAAAAGCAGGGCGAAAAGAAGAAGAAGAACAGAAAGAGAAAGGAAAGCUAUGCUAUCUACAUCUACAAGGUGCUGAAGCAAGUUCACCCCGACACCGGUAUCUCGAGCAAGGCCAUGGGCAUCAUGAACUCGUUCGUGAACGACAUCUUCGAGCGCAUCGCUGGUGAAGCUUCCCGCCUGGCGCACUACAACAAGAGGUCGACCAUUUCCUCCAGGGAAGUCCAGACGGCUGUUCGUCUGCUUCUCCCCGGUGAGCUGGCCAAGCACGCCGUGAGCGAGGGGACCAAGGCCGUCACCAAGUACACCAGCAGCAAGUAAACGGCGCAACCCCUGCAACGACA